GUUAUAAGCUGAUACUCCUUCCCUCUCAUCACCUUGAACGUCCUGCUGUGCACUGAAAGAUUGAAGGCAGUAACACCCCCACCUGCCACCCACAGGCAUCUUCACCUUCACAGAGGUCGCCACAAAGAGCCCGGCAAGAUGUCAGAGAAAAAGAUGUCGUCGAGCCGCAGGCAAAAUCUGAAGAGCUUGUUGCUUCAGAUUGCUCAUGGCCUUUUGGAGGAAGAGGCAGCUGAGGCUGAGCAAGAAAAACAGAGAUUCAUGGAUGAGAACUGCCCUGUUCUCUCAUUGCCUGGAAGCAUGCAGGAAAUACAGGAGCUGUGUAGGAUGUUGCACCAGCAGAUUGACGCUGUUGAUGAACAAAGAUAUGAUAUGGAGAGCAAAGUGGCCAAGUCAAACAAGGAGAUUGAAGAUCUGAAGAUAAAGGUUCAGGACCUGAAA